GCUAUGAUGUGAUUCUUCCGUCAUGUUCCUACAAAGCAUGAUACCUUCAACCCAGAUCAUACUUGAAUUGACCAGUUCUAUCAUCUUCCCAAGGCAGGUUGCGCGUUGACGCGACGCGCGAUUGCCCACAGACCCUAGAAGUCAAGGCCUGUGUCGCCAGCAGAUACCCCGCCAAUCCCUGUACAUGUGCCGAUACGAGCUCCUUGGAAGCGGGCUUCUAUAUUGGCAGCGCAAAAGGCCGACAUUGGAGGAAGAUCCAUCCCCGGUAGAGCUCCAGCCAGCAUGCUCCACGAGAUCCUUCUCUCCCUCUCCGGCCAACCGUCACCCCUCUUCAAUGCCCGAACCGAAGAAGGUCUGGUCUCUGAUGAUGCCUUUCCUCUCCUGUCACCGCCCGAGAAAGCACUCCUCGCCUCCCUUGCCCGUCUGAGUCGGCUACAUGCGCGCCUGCGUGCUCACACCACCGCCAUAUCCUCAUCCCACGCGUCUGUCAUCUGUCGGUCCGUCUCCACCGCGAUAAGCACGGAACACCUCGGGGGGUUUCAGAAGAAGAUCCUCGAAGUAGAAAAGGCCAUCUUGGUUGAGGAUAGCGGCUAUGUGGGCGGCUACGGGAUAGUGCCGUUGUCGACGAUUGUGGGGGAAUUUUCUCCGUGGACACGGCGCCUGGAAUGGCUGUGGGAGGUGGUCAGGUUCAUCCUCCCCGAUCCGAAGGCGAGCCGCAAUCAAGGCUGCGCAGGUGCCGCCUUGAUUGAUCGUCUCCGCUCGGAGUCGCAGACCGGGUAUGUCGAUAUUGAGGAAAUGGCGCUGCACCUGGUCAGGAUCGCGGAGACGGCUUGGAUGCGACAAGUGUCAACCUGGCUGUUGUAUGGGAAUGUCCCGGUGCUUGGAAAAGACGAUUUCUUUAUCCAAGAAGAUAGGGUCUCCCCGGAUACCGCGCAGGCGUCUUUUGUCCUGCAUACGAGUUUAUUGCCAAAGUUUGUUUCGCCGCAGACGGCGUCGUCCAUCUUAUUCAUUGGGAGAACAUUGAACCUGAUCCGCGCGAAGCGCAAUGCUUCUACAACCAGGCCAAGCGGCCUACCAACCUAUCCGGUGACUCUGCAAGGCGAGCAUGUCGAAUACCUCGCUGCGUUACAGUCGCCCAUCGCGAGCUCGAUGCUAUCCAACGCGGUCGAUGCCAUCCGACUGUCGUUGUCGCAGAGCACCCUCUCAAAGAUCCUACCGCUUCCUAAGAUCCUGGAAAUUCUAUCUGUCCUUCAUGACUUUUUGCUUCUACGACGCGGCGAGUUUGCCAUGGCGCUCGUCUCGCACGCCGACGUGCGGCUGCAGGAAAGACCCAUGGCUGCCCGAACGAAAGCGGUGGAUGGUCUGGGAGGGCUGUCCGUCAAAGACGGGGACGUCAUGGCAACGCUGGGACACGCGCUGUCCGAGCUUUAUUCCCUGCAGUCUGAGGAAGAUCCCGUGGAUGACGCGCUUGAUCUCGCCAAAGACCUCCUACGGCUCUCUGUCGGCGGGCAGAGCAACUCCACGGCAGCCGGUCCGGCGGAGUUAGCCGGGUCUGGACUGUCACCAGACAUCUCCCAGGUCGCGUUCGACGACCUCCUAUUUCCAGCACCAACCUGCCUCUCCGUCCAAGUCGGGCCCCCUCUCGACCUGUUUCUCUCCACCUCCGACAUCUCCGUCUAUUCAAAGGUGCACGCUUACUUACUCGGUAUCCGGCGCGCGCAAAUCCGGUUAAGCGGACUCUGGAAGCACACGUUUCUCCGGCGAAACCACCCAUCCCCGUGGGGCCCGCCACGCAGCAACUCGGCCUUUGGGCAGAACAUGCUGAGCGUGGGCCGACAACGAGACAACACGCGGACGCGGCAGAUGCGACCCGUGUGGGCAACCAGCAGCGCCUCUCUCUUCCUCCUAUCCGAAAUCGGAAGCUUCUUCCAAGCCGAAGUCAUCCAGGGCUCCUGGCAGCAUUUCCAAACCUGGAUCGAAGAUGGCCAACCAUCAUCCCCGACAAGCUCGCGACCGGGAACUGCCUCAUCGGCGCAGAGCAAGCCACCAGACCACCCCGACCACUCCACCACCCGCCCUCCACGGCAUGACCCCGAGACCCUCACGGUCGCACACCGGCGAUACCUAUUCGCACUCGUGCAGUCGCUCUUCCUAACCGACGUCCCAUUCACCCAAUCCCUCCGAUCGCUCCUGAAGCGAGUUGACCAUUUCGUCGCGCUGGUCAUCCGCCUGCAGACGAUCCAGCGCAACAUGGACCUCGAAACAGACGAAGGCGUGGUCGACGCGUUGGCCGAUUACGCAGGCGAAGAGACCGAACUGUGGCAGGCGCUCGGGGCAGCGCGGGGCCGGAUGGAAGUCAGCAUCCGGGAGGUGGUCGCACGGUUACGCGACAUCGACGACAGCCGAUCAGCCGAAGGACGCGAGAUAUUCGCCCUCGGCCAGCGAACGCACCCCUCCGCCGAGAGUUGGACCGGGUGCGCAGGACCAGACGGCGCUCACUAUGUGCCUCGCAAGACGGCGGGCGUCGACCGACUGCUGAUGAAGCUGGACUUUGGGAAUGCCAACGGGAGUCGCGUCUAGACUGCUGGAUCCUGCAUUGUAGUCGCCCUGCUGGUGGAGAACUGUCUGGCCAACCAAACGGGACCAGGGAUCGGCCAACUGGUUUGAUCUUAAUGCAGACACGCUGCCGUCACCUGACACCUUCCAUCCCUUCUAAUCAAG